UAAAGUCCGAGUCCGAUGUCGAAUAGAGGCGGUGUCAGACAAGCUGCAGCUUAUAUAAAGAGGGAGGAUGAUGCUUUACACUCGCGAGAAGAGAGAGAGGAGGUUACAGGUGCAUCAAAGAUGAACUGUCUUGUAGCUGCGCUUGCUGUGUGCGCCCUUGUAUCCAGCGUACAUUGUGCUUCCCCAUCAGUCCAGUGGUGUUAUCAUCUGCCAAGCUGCAAUGACAGCACCUGGCCAACUAUUGCUGCUCCACAUUGCAAUGGCACCCGACAGUCACCCAUCGACAUCGUCACAGCAUCUGCGGAACCCAACGACAACCUGACUGACUUCAGCUUCACUGGCUUUGAUGACACCAGCAAACUGUCAUUAAUUGAAAACACUGGCAAAACAGUCAAAGUGAAGGUUAAGUCAGGUGUCAGUGUAUCAGGAGGAGAUCUACCUACAUCCUACAACACGCUGCAGUUCCAUUUGCACUGGGGUAAUGGCACCUCUGUCCCAGGUUCUGAGCACACUGUAAAUGGCAAGCGCUAUCCAAUGGAGUUGCACAUUGUAAACAUUAAGUCAACCCAUAAUGGAGACACAACUGCAGCUGUGCAAGACCCUACAGGACUUGCUGCUCUCGGUUUCUUCAUUGAGGCAAUGGAUGGCAAUGAAAGUGGCCAACCAGCAAGCUGGAAAACCUUGACCUCCUACCUGGCCAACAUCACAGAAUCUGGAACAAAUGUUUCAAUAGCAGCUGGAAUUUCUUUGAAUGAUCUCCUGGUUGGGGUGAACCGCUCCAGGUAUUACCGCUAUCUUGGCUCCUUAACCACCCCCACUUGCAAUGAGGCUGUAGUCUGGACUGUGUUCAAGGACCCCGUCAAAGUCAGCAGAGAUUUGAUUGACCUCUUCAGCACAUUAUACGUCACCAACGCUACUUCAGUUUUGAUGACCAAUGUCUAUAGAGGAAUCCAGCCAGCACAACCUGUCACAACACAGCGCGAGACCAGCUCUUCCUCCAAAACCGCCUGCUCUCUAGGGCUGAUAGCCCUGAGCCUUCUUCUGGGGAAGAGUUAAAAUCAGUCAAAGUUGUUUUGUCUCAGCAACUUCUUGGUAAAUGUGUUAACAGUGAGGAUACGCCCAGGUCUCCACCAUAUAUGUGUGAUUUGUCUGACUAAGCCUUGUCUAAACUGUUAACAUACAGCCCAAAAUAUCCAAGCAAACUGAGCCUUAACACAACAACUGUGCUGCUUUCCAAUGUAAGUCUAUAUAUUAAUACUGUUAUAAUGAAAUGGUUCACAAACAUAUUAAACGUGCUGAUCGUUGCCUCGCUCAUACAUGGUUGUCUAUCAUCUCUUCCACGGUUAUGUCAAGCUGUAUCCAUAAUCAGAUUUGCACCCUGUAUUGAUGUUAAACAUGAUAUGCACAAGAAUUUAACAUGUUUGUAUAAUUCAGGUGUUCAGGGUUGUUUUGAGCAGCCAAAGCUACAUUCAGAUGUCUAAAACCAUUGCAUAGUUUACCGGAUUGAUGUAAUGACAGUAUGGAAAUCCAGUAAUGCAAUGAGUAUGAAAGCUAAUGUUGGCAUGUAUCAGUCUAUGGAUUUAAAACGAACAAAAUAUCAAUAGUUGUUGCAAAUAUUUUCAUUGUUAAUUAGAUUUUUGUCUACAUAUAUUCUUUUAUUGUCCUCAUCAGUGCCGACACAAAUGGCACAUGCUGUUUGCUGGCAAACUGAACACUCCUGUCUCAUUCAGUCGGUGUAAUGAAGGAUUGACGCGUCAAUCAAAUGAGUGCCAGUAUUCAUCAUAAUGCUAUACAUUAUUUUAUUUUUUUUCCCAUUCAGCCUUGCACUACUUGCACGUGUAACAGAACUGUGACCUCUCGAUCUUGUGAAAGUUUAAGAAUAAAAAUAAUUUGGUGUCUGUUUUGUGGAAGAAAAUUUAAAUGAAUCUAAUUGAAUGAA